GAAAGGAGGACAGACCUGCACUUCUGGGAGAAUGGGAAAAGUUGGAUGGAUAGUGGUGUUUGUGAUGACUUUCAUCAGCUGCAACGCCUUCCUGGAUCUGUCUAGUGUCCACCAGGUCACGGGCACAUGGAUGGCAUCCACCACUCUACCGUGUACCUAUGUGCCCACAGAAGACUUCACCCAGCAAACGCUCAGCUGGAGUGUGGAGCAGGGCUCCAGCACCUCCACCAUCUUCCGCAGGGACGACUCUGGUGACCACAUCCUGCUCUCCCAAUUCCGAGGCCGAGUCAGCGUCCCAAAGCACAGCCCAGGGGAUGCCUCACUCCUCAUUCAGAACCUUGAAAUGCCUGACAGUGGACACUACACUUGUCAAAUCAUCUGGAGGUCCAGAGACAACAGUUUGAUAACAAGAGAGGUGACCACUAUAGUUAAAGUUGUCAAAGUGGCAGCCACCAAGCCCAUCAUCAGAGCAGCGGAGCCGGGGCUGACGCUGCCGGCCGGAGCCAGCACCAGCCUGAGCUGCGAGGCCGGCGGCUCCCCUCCCAUCAGCUACCGCUGGUUCCGCCGCGGCCCGGCGGGCACGGCCGAGCUCCUGAGCAGCGGGGCCGAGCUGGCCUGGCCCAGCCUGCGGCCCUCGGACAGCGGCACGUACUUCUGCGAGGCGCACAACAGGGCUGGCGCCGGCGCCGUGCAGCGCAGCGAUGCCGUGCGCCUCACGGUCACAGCUGUGCCCACAACAGCAGCAGCCUUGCAGAGCAAUGUGGGAACCACGGGGGGACACCACUUAACCACGGGUCAGGAAGACAGUAGUGACAUGGAGCACACAGUGACAGGUUCCCCGCGGCUCGCCCCGUCCCCACUGCUGUACGGGCUGCCGGCCGCGCUGGGCGGCGCCGCGCUGGGCGCGCUGCUGGCGGCGGCGCUGGGCUGCUGGCGGCGGCGGCGGAGGAAGGACGCCGCAGAACUGCAGAUGUCGGCCUGCUGCACCCUGAGGUGGAAGUCCCUGCUAACUGCCUACAGAAGGAAACGUACUCUAGCCCUGAAAAGACCACCAUGA